AUGGAACUCGAAAUUUUUUUUUACUGGUUACUUUUUUCUGCAACUCUUGUUUGGUUCUUCUUCUUAGCUACUAAGACACUAGUAAAAUCCUCAAAAACACCCUCCUCUUCCACCAUAAUUCCCAAAGUUUACCCUAUCUUCGGUUAUGCUUUUUCUUUGUCAUCCAACUUCGACAGACGAGUGCAAUGGAUCUCCGACAUCCUCCAAACCAUCUCUUCCUCCACCUUCGUCUUCCACUACUCUUUCGGCUCCCGCAAGUCUUCACGGCUGACCCUGCCGUGGUGCAACACAAUCUCAAAACGAAUUUCCAUUGCUACGGUAAAGGUCUCAUAUUUUACCAAUCCACCAAUGAUUUGCUCGGCGACAGAAUCUUCACCGUCAACGAUGAGGCUUGGAAGUUUCAACUAA